UCCACAGGGCUUCGUGCGCGAGGAGCGGGAGCGGCCAGGGAGAGGGGAUGCUGCCUCGGCUUGCCGGAGACAUGCGGCUCGGGAGGACCCCCCAACGUGUCGUCGCCGCCGCCGCCGCCGCCGCGCGCCGCCGCACGCUCGUACUGUCGGAAACGCGCGGGGACCCGACCCGUCCGUAAAUCGAAAACACCUCCCCGAAAGGCUCCCGCAGAAGCGACGAUCUGACAGCCAGCGCUGAUGUUACAAAACACGCGUCGGACUCCACAGUGAAAGUUUUCCCGCGGCCGGAGACGGAGUCGGAUGCUCCACGAUGAGCGCUCUGAGGACGCAAGCAGCGCAUCACCUGCACAGGAGCAGCGCGUCGGCCGCCAAAACCGUGCCGGGGUUUCUACAGCCGCCGCGCCGCCUUCUCGCCCUCAAGAUGCGGCACAAGAGGCUCAUGCAGCUCGCCUUCGUGUUCACCGUGGCGCUCGUGUUCGUGCCGCACGUGGGUCUCUGGUCCCUCUACAAGGAGAAGCAGCACAUGAAGACGCAGGAGGCGGCCGAGCAGGGAUUCCCACUAGACGGGAAUGAAGGACAAAUCUACUCCUGGACUGAUGGCUUGAGGAGAAAAAAUUGGCAUGACACCGAAAGCAUUCGGAAGGAGGAGAUGCGUGUUGGUAAGGGUGAACAGGGCAAGCCCUAUCCUCUCGGCGAGGACGAGUGCGAUGACUCCGCCUACAAGGAAAAUGGCUUUAACAUCUAUGUGAGCAACAACAUUGCUCUGGACCGCUCCCUCCCAGACAUCAGGCACCCAAACUGCAAGCAGAAACUGUACCUGGAGAACCUACCCAACACGAGCAUCAUUAUCCCUUUUCACAAUGAGGGCUGGUCCUCCCUGCUGAGGACGGUACACAGCAUUAGCAACCGUACGCCCGAUCACCUCAUCGCCGAGAUUAUUCUCGUGGACGAUUUCAGCGACAGAGAACACCUCAAAGCCAAGCUGGAAGAGUACAUGCAGAGAUUUCCAAAGGUGAGGAUCGUGAGGACAAAGAAGAGAGAGGGUCUCAUUCGUACCCGUCUGCUGGGAGCCUCUGUGGCCAAGGGAGGGGUGCUCACCUUCCUGGACUCUCACUGUGAGGCCAAUGUCAACUGGCUGCCACCUCUUCUUGAUCGCAUAGCCCAGAACCCCAGGACCAUUGUGUGUCCCAUGAUCGACGUUAUCGACCACAACCAUUUUGGCUACGAAGCGCAGGCGGGUGACACCAUGAGGGGCGCCUUCGACUGGGAGAUGUACUACAAGCGCAUUCCCAUCCCACCUGAGCUGCAAAGUGCCGACCCCAGCGAACCUUACCAGUCACCGGUGAUGGCAGGGGGUCUCUUUGCUGUCAAUCGACAGUGGUUCUGGGAACUGGGUGGCUAUGACACAGGACUGGAAAUCUGGGGUGGAGAGCAGUAUGAACUCUCCUUCAAAGUCUGGAUGUGUGGAGGUACCAUGUAUGAUGUGCCUUGUUCCAGAGUUGGCCACAUUUACAGAAAGUACGUGCCCUACAAAGUGCCGUCUGGGACCAGCCUGGCCAGAAACCUGAAGCGUGUGGCUGAGACCUGGAUGGACGAGUACACGGAGUUCAUCUACCGCCGCCGGCCAGAGUACCGGCACCUGUCCACGGGUGACCUCAGUGCUCAGAAGGCCCUGCGCAAGCACCUCAAAUGUAAGGACUUCAAGUGGUACAUGAACACGGUGGCCUGGGACCUGCCCAAGUAUUACCCACCUGUGGAGCCUCUGCCUGCCGCCUGGGGGGAGAUCCGCAGUGCAGCGUCUGGCCUGUGUAUAGACAGUAAACAUGGAGCCACAGGGACCGAGCUGAGGCUGGACACCUGCUUGAAGGAAGGAGCUGAGCGCACCUGGGCUCGCGAACAGAUUUUUACUUUUGGCUGGAGGGAGGACAUCAGGCCAGGAGACCCCAUGCACACCCGGAAGUUCUGCCUAGAUGCCAUCUCCAACAGCAGCCCAGUGACACUGUACGACUGCCAUGGCAUGAAGGGCAACCAGCAGUGGCGCUAUAGGAAGGAUAAGUCUCUGUACCACCCAGUGAGCGGCAGCUGCAUGGACUGCAGCCCCAGCGAUAAGAAGAUUUUCAUGAGCAAGUGCGACCCUGACUCAGAGACGCAGCACUGGCUCUUCCAGCAUGUAAACAUCACAGUCCUGGAGAAACUCAACAGCCCCUAAGGACCAUAUACCGCAGCCAGUUACCCCACCCUCAGAGGAGACCCACUCAGGUCCAGGAGCCUUAACGCGGAUGGGUUCCCCUCCGGCAGCAGCCCCCUCUCAGGAUCUCGGAGCAGCUGGUGUGAGGUGUAUGGACGCAGGGGAGGCCCAGCGCAGCCAGCAGCACCUGCGAACACGAGACACACUCUUCUCGGGCGAGCUCUGACUAGGGGUUUGAUCCCCGGUGUCACACGCCGA